UCCACACUCUCAUCUCAUCCGUGACCACACUCGCAUCGAGAGCAGCAGCAAUGGCGUCCAAUGCGUCACCUCUCCAUGUUGUCCGGUGCGUUUGCCUCCUCCUCCUGGCCGCGUCGGCGUCGGCGACGGUGGCGGCGAGGCGCCACGGCCCGGCAGCGCCGGUUGCCGGGCAGAGCAUGUACCUGGCGCCGAGCUGCCGCGCGCACACGGCGUCGCUGACGGACUUCGGCGGCGUGGGCGACGGGACGACGUCGAACACGGCGGCGUUCAAGUCGGCGGUGGACCACCUGUCGCAGUACUCCGGCGAGGGAGGCGGCGGGGCGAUGCUGUACGUGCCGGCGGGGAAGUGGCUGACGGGGCCGUUCAACCUGACGAGCCACUUCACGCUGUUCCUCCACAGCGACGCCGUCAUCCUGGGGUCGCAGGACAUGGCGGAGUGGCCCAUCAUCGACCCCCUCCCGUCGUACGGGCGUGGGCGCGACAAGAUCGGCGGGCGGUACGCCAGCCUCAUCGGCGGGUCCAACCUGACGGACGUGGUGAUCACCGGCGCGAACGGGACGAUCGACGGGCAGGGGGCGAUGUGGUGGUCCAAGUUCCACCAGAACAAGCUCAAGUACACGCGCGGGUACCUGAUCGAGGUGAUGCACUCCGACACGGUGGUGAUCGCGAACGUGACGCUGGUGAACUCGCCGGCGUGGAACAUCCACCCGGUGUACAGCAGCAACGUGGUGGUGCAGGGGGUGACGAUCCUGGCGCCGACGCACUCGCCGAACACCGACGGCAUCAACCCGGACUCGUGCUCGCACGUCCGCAUCGAGGACUGCUACAUCGUCUCCGGCGACGACUGCGUGGCCAUCAAGAGCGGGUGGGACGAGUACGGCAUCGCGUACGGGAUGCCGAGCCAGCACAUCGUGGUGCGGCGGCUGACGUGCGUGUCGCCGACGAGCGCGGUGAUCGCGCUGGGCAGCGAGAUGUCGGGCGGGAUCAACGACGUGCGCGCGGAGGACAUCACGGCGGUGAACUCGGAGUCCGGGGUGCGGAUCAAGACGGCGGUGGGGCGCGGCGCGUACGUGCGCGACGUGUUCGUCCGGCGGAUGUCGCUGGACACCAUGAAGUGGGUGUUCUGGAUGACGGGCAACUACAAGUCGCACCCGGACGACAAGUACGACCCCAACGCCAUCCCCGUCGUCGAGAACAUCAGCUACCAGGACGUCGUCGCCACCGCCGUCAACACCGCCGCCCGCCUCGAGGGCAUCCAGGGCGCCCCCUUCCGCGACAUCUGCAUCGCCAACGUCACCGCCACCCUCGCCAAGUCGCGCAAGUACCCCUGGACCUGCACCGACGUCGAGGGCGUCUCCGCCGGCGUCACGCCGUCGCCAUGUCAGCCGCUGCAGGGAUCGCACGACGGCGCCUGCCCCUUCCCCACCGACACGCUACCCAUCGACCAGCUCGUCCUGCAGCAGUGCGCCUACUCCGUCCCAGCCAUCUAGCUCCGACCAGCAGCAGUAGCCUUCCCUUCGGUCUUGUCAAACAAUAACCAGUCACUAGUCCGCACUGCUGCCUAUGCUUAUACAGUGCUUCGUCUGCUAUGUAGUAACUUCAAGGUUCAGUUUCUCGUACAAAUGGAAAAUUAGUCCCUACUUUGCAUGCUUAACUUCUGAAAUCUUUAAUCUCUUUAUCACUGUACCCAUUUUCUUUUCUGACUAUGAAUUUUUGGAUUUAU